AUGAAUUUCUAUACUGGAGGUUCUUCUAAUAAUAAUGAUGAAAAUUCCUCUUCAUCAUCAUCAUCUCUAGAUUUAGAUGAUACUAUUGCAGAAGAGCAGCAAGUAAUCUUGCAAAAUAUUUGGAUGAACAACUAUAUGUUGCAAUAUUUGCAAGAAUAUCAAAAUAAUGAAGUUUUCAGAGUUGGCUCUGUUCCAGCUCAUGAUACAUACUUCGAACAACAUGCUGAUGCGAUGGGUAGAUUUGGUUUAUCUAUUGUACAAAAAAUCACAGCUGUGUUUAGAAUGUUGGCAUAUGGCUUGCCAGCGGAUGCCACUGACGAAUAUGUGAAAAUCAGAGAGUCAACUGCAAUUGAAAGCAUGAAGAGAUUUUGUCGAGCUAUCGUAGAGGUUUUUGGCCAGCCGUAUCUGAGAUCACCAACAGCUAACGAUGUUGCAAGGCUUCUUCACAUCGGUGAGCAACGUGGUUUUCCAGGAAUGCUAGGUAGUCUAGAUUGCAUGCAUUGCAGAUGGAAAAAUUGUGCAACAGCAUGGGCUGGACAAUAUGCAGGUCGUAGUGGAUCCCCAACAAUAAUUCUUGAAGCUGGAGCUGAUUAUGACCUUUGGAUAUGGCAUGCAUAUUUUGGGCCGUCGCGUUUUUGGAGAAAAGAAGUGCUACAUGAUAUAUUAACAUCAUGUAUUAUACUGCACAACAUGAUAAUCGAGGAUGAGCGUGAUCUUAAUGCACCAAUUCAAGAUGCUUGGGAAGGUCCAACUCCAACAGUAGAAAUGGUAGUAGAUGAAAAUUAUCGAUUUGAACAAUUUUUAGCUCGACACAAAAAAAUUAAGAACAAAGAUGCUCAUUUUGCACUUCGUAAUGCAUUAGUAGAGCAUUUAUGGGAGCAACGUACUAAUCAUGGAAGUUGA